AUGAAACAUUCUUUUGAUCAAAAAGAAAACUAUAAGGAAGAUAACGCGAUAUCUGCUGAGCAUGUUGCUAAAAAAAAAAAACAAUGUCGUUCCUUUGAUUUUGAUUUUGAUUUUGAUGCUACUGAAAAUCUCUUGAAAAAAUAUGAAUCGUCGUAUUUGCAAAUUAAUCAAGCUAACUUUACCGAGUCAAAUUCAGCUACUCCGCCUUGGCCUCUAGGCUCUCAUUCAACGAAUCAAAAAAACCAAAGCAAGUUAAAUCCUGAAGGAUUUCAAGUAAAUCAUAAUGAAUUACAAGUGUACGAUGAACUUAAUAAAAAAUUAGAAAGGUCGCAUGUCUUGCAAAUGAAAAAUAAUGAGUUUGAAAAUAUGCGUCUUCCAGAUAACGGUAAAUAUCUUGCUGUUACUUUAUCUUCUGGUCGACGGCUUUAUUUUCCAUUGAACCAAACAGAAAGUCCUAUUGAAUAUGGUACUUCUUCAGUUGUAAACAAAAGAUUUUCAAAUAUAUCAAUAUAUAAAUUAUUGGAUAAAAUCGAAAUCGAAAAGUCAAAAGCUGAUAGUUUCAAGAGUCGAUCUGAAUUGUCAAAUCGCCCAUUAACACCAGUUAAAACCAAGUUAUGGGCGGAUAAAUAUCAACCAAAUAAUUAUUUGAAUUUGAUGAGCGAUGAGAACGUAAAUGCUCGAGUGUUAAAAUGGGUGAAACAAUGGGAUUACUGCGUUUUCAAAAAAAAGUCUGUAACUAAAGAUAGGACGAACAAUUCGCAGCACCAUGAUCAAUGGGAAAGACCAAUGAAAAAGAUUUUGUUAUUAACCGGACCUCCUGGAUAUGGAAAAACUACGUUAGCGCGCGUUGUAGCACGUUCAUGUGGAUAUAAUGUCAUAGAAGUGAAUGGAAGCGAUGACUUUUUAAGCUAUAAUGUAAAAGAUCAAAACACGAAUUCUUUUUCAUUAGCCUCCAAUAAUAAGCCGAAUCUAACUAUAAUUGAUGGAAUUGAUGGAAUUCGCGAUACCGGGGAGCAGAAUUUAAUUAAUUCGAUUGUAGAUUUGGUCGGCUCAGAAAGAAAGGACAAGGACAAAAAUAAAUGUCAUCCUAAAAAAUCCGAAAACAAACGACUACUUCGUCCUAUAAUAUUUAUCUGUAACGAAUUAUAUGCACCUUCUCUAAAACCGCUUAAAGCUAUGUCUGAAAUAGUUCAGUUCAAGAAGCCUGAUCAAGUUUCACUUGCAAAGCGAUUAAAAGAAAUUUGCGAUAAGGAGAACUUAUCUAUUGGUAUGCCAAUCUUGUUUAAGUUAAUUGAAAAAUAUGAAGGUGAUAUAAGAAAAUGCAUAAAUUUUUUGCAGUUUUCAAUAUAUGAGCCAAAAUCAACUUCAACAGAAGAAUUAUUAUCACAAAUUGAUGGAAAAGAAAGAAAGAAGUCAGUAUUUUACAUAUGGGAAGAAAUAUUUCAUGGGAGGAAAGGUGCAAAAAUCAAGAGCAAAGUUAUUUUUGACGAGCAUGGAAAUUUUUAUGAUACAAAUUCGCGUCAAAACAUCUUACGAUUGACUUCGCUUAUUCGUUCGAGUGGCGAAUACGAAAAGCUUAUGCAAGGAUGCUUUGAGAAUUACCUUAAAUAUAAAACCGAUAGUCUAAAGUCAAAACUAAGGGCUUGUGACUAUCUUAAUUUUUAUGAUCAAAUUAAUUCAGCGAUUAAUUCACAUCAUUUUUAUGAGAUGCGCGAAUGUCUUCCAUAUCCGAUUGCCGCGUUCCAUUAUCUAUUUGUAGGAAGUCCUCAGAAUCGUAUUAGAUUUUCUAACCAGGAUUAUGAGAAUAACGCAAAGAAAAAGUCAACCGAAAAUAUCAUAAUGACUGUGUUGAAUGCAUUACCUCCACAAGUUCGAAGGUUUCAUAACAAAGAAGGAUCUUAUGAAUUGAUUUCGUGUCUAGUAAAAAUGAUUUUACCUAAUAUAAGACCAAUAAAUAUACGCAACAUCAACCAUGAAGACAGGCCCAAAAUCAAAUAUGUGGCUGAAAUAAUGCAUUCAUUUAAUUUGGAUUUUAUUUUAAAUAAAGAUGAAUCUGGUCAAAUCAAUUAUAUUCUUGAUCCGCCGAUUGAUAAGCUAUUGCUUUUAUCAAAAGAAAAUCCACGUGUGGAGAUUCGACGAUUAUUAGCAACCGAGCUUAAAGAAGAACACAUGUUAAAGCAAAAGUUUGUUGAAGAUAGGACGAAUUUAGAAUUAAAACGGAAAGUGGCAUCACGUAUAACAAAACCCAAACCAUCAAAAUCUACAAACCAUUUAAAUCUACAAACCAUUUGA